AUGACUGAGACUGUCCUUGUUUUUGGUGCCUCUGGCAAUGUCGGCGUGGCCGCUAUCAUCGCGGCGCUCCGGAGCAACCGCAAGGUCAUUGCCGUGGUGCGAAGCCAGGCCAGCGCCCAAAAGAUCUUUGAUUACAUCGGCAGCCGGGAUGGAAUCACAGUGGUGGAGGCCGACGUCACCUCGGAGGACUCCGUUCGAGAGGUUGUGGACCAAGUUCGCGAGGGAAAGUUGCCCCCUUUCCAGCACGUUUGGGCUUCACCUGGAGGCCUUUACUGGGAUACGCCAAUCCUAGAACUCGAUGUUCCUUCCAUCCGCGAAGCCAUGAAGGUCAACUUUGAGUCCUACAUCGUUGCCUACCGUGCUACUGUGCCUUACCUGCUGGAGCAAGGUGUCGCCGACAGCAGCUGGACAAUGUGCACCGGGGCACAAGGCGACGUGGGCAUGCGCGCAGCUCCUGCAAUGACCCAAGGUGCACUCUUCAGCUUCGCUAUCGCUGCCGCUCGCGAGAAUGAAAAAACCAACAUCCGAUUCAACGAGCUUUACCUAGCUUACCGGGUGCAGUUUGAGGUGGACAACGCCUCGCAGUUUGCCGGGUAUCACAUCACUACCACUUCAGAGUUCGCACCGUUGUAUGAGAAGAUUCUCGACAGAAAGGAUGUGAGAGGCAGUCGGGUCAAGGCGAUGUCUCCUGAGGAUGUAAAGAAUUUGAGCUAUGAGAAGAAGUACUGA